CUGCAGGGGAUGAGCUCAGCUGACUGUCUGCUGUUAUUAUGUCCGCGAACGGGCGCCGCCAACACCCAAACACAGUGCGGCAAAACAGGCGAGUGGCGCUCAGCUCAGCAUCGUCUCUAAUGAAGGAGUGCGCAAGAAGAAACAUGAGUCACGAAUGAGGUCUGCAGGAUGUCUUUUAAGAAGGAAACACCCCUGGCUAAUGCUGUGUUUUGGGCAGCGAGGAAGGGGAACUUGGCUCUGCUUCAGCUGCUGCUCAACAGCGGGCGUGUGGACGCAGACUGCAGAGACAGUGUAGGCCUACGGAAGCUGCAUGUCCUGGCUGCUCAGCUGCACGCUUUAACCAUAACCCACCUGUGUUUGGUACGACUGCUCUGAUGGUGGCGUCCUACAGCGGCCAUUAUGAGUGUGCCAAACAACUUAUCAUGCAAGGAGCCGACAUCAACUACCAGAGAGAGACAGGUUCUACCGCCCUGUUCUUCGCUUCCGAGCAGGGACACAAUGAUGUUGUGAAGCUCCUCUUUGAAUUUGGUGCCUCGACUGAAUUCCAGACAAAGGACGGGGGUACAGCUCUCACUGUAGCCUCUCAGUAUGGACACUCCAAGGUGGUGGAAACACUGUUGAAGAAUGGAGCCAAUGUUCACGACCAGCUAAAUGAUGGGGCCACUCCUCUGUUUCUUGCUGCACAGGAGGGUCAUGUGACUGUGAUACGUCAGCUUUUGUCAACCGGUGCCAAGGUUAACCAAUUGAGGGAGGAUGGCACCGCCGCCCUGUGGAUGGCAGCUCAGAUGGGUCACAGUGAGGUGGUGAGGGUGCUACUCUUACGUGGUGCAGAUCGGGAUGCUGACAGAGAUGGAUCUACAGCAUUAUUCAAAGCAGCUUUAAAAGGCCACAACAGCGUCAUUGAGGAACUUCUCAAGUUUUCUCCUUCAGUCGGUCUCCUCAAGAAUGGCUCUACUGCCCUACAUGCUGCUGUUAUGAGUGGAAAUCUUCGAACUGUUCUGCUGCUGCUUGAGGCCAACGCAGACCCCACAGUACCCAACAAGAAUAAUGAGCUCCCUGCGGAUCUUACGAAGAACGACCGCAUCCUAAAAAUGUUACAUCCAAAAAUCUCAAAUGGAGACAGCUGAUGAACAACCAAACCACUACCUUCAUGCCUGUCUGUACUUCACUGGUGAUGUGUGCUGAGUGGGGAAAUUAAACAACAAUACAGUGUCAAACAUAUUCAACCACAACAUGUACUGUACAUGGUUUUUGCUUUUGAUUGCAACUGAAAUGACUCUGUCAUAUUGAAUAAAGGUGGACUAAAUCUAGAGCAAAAAGGGCAACCAAAAUGCAUUUGUCUGCCAUGUGCAUCAUCUUCUUCACUCUGUUUAAUUCUACAGUAUAUGCAUUUAUUUUUGUUAACCCCAUGUGUUGUAAGAUUUAUAGAUAUUUUGCACACUUUUUAUUUGCCUUUUUAAUAGAUGUAAUAAAAUGUAAGUUUGUUAUUCAA